UUUUCACAGAUAGAUAGAAGUCACCCAGUAUUCAAACAAAUUUCCCUCAAGAACGGUGAAAUUAACAAAAUGAGUCGAGGCGAAAUUGUAGCCCAACUUGAAUCGGCCAAGCUGAACACUCGAGGUACAUCAGAUAUAUUAAAAUCAAGAUUGAAAUCUUACUAUAAGCGGCAGCACCUUGGUGAGGCUGGCUUCACUUCGAUGCAAAAGGUUGACUAUCUCCUUGUAAUAGACUUUGAAGCAACGUGUGAGGAGCCAACGCCGAUAGAUUUUAUCCCUGAGAUAAUUGAGUUCCCUAUUGUACUGGUAAACACCAGUACUCUUGAAGUUGAAGGUGAAUUUCAAUCGUUUUGCCGACCAAUUGUGAAUCCCAAAUUAAGCAAUUUCUGCACGGAACUUACAAGCAUAACACAGAGUAUGGUUGAUCAAGCAGAUGAGUUCCCUGAAGUCUGGAAGAGAGCUUGUCACUGGAUGGAGUCAAAGGGCUUAGGAACUUACCAUACAUUUGCUGUAGCUUGUGAUGGUCCAUGGGAUAUGAAUCUGUUCCUGAAUGUGCAAUGUCAUCUCAGUCAAAUUCCAUUUCCAAAAUAUUGCCGACGCUGGGUGAACGUUUGUAAAGCUAUGAGUAACUUUUAUCGCUUACCUCGCAUGAACCUUAAAAAGAUGUUAAAUGCACAUCAACUGAUGUUUGAAGGUCGCCCUCAUAGGGGAAUCUCCGAUGCAAAGAAUAUUGCCCGGAUUGCCAUUAUACUCAUGGAAGAUGGAUGCAUUUUAGAUAGUAAUGAUACAUUUGAUCCCAAGUUUUCAACCAAUAUGCGCUACUAGAAUUUUUUUUUUGUUUACUAUGAAUUUUAAAUUAUAUACACAAAUACAACAUGGUUUGAGGUAUUGCACUCUACUUCCUGAGGUGUUUGAUAAUUGGGAAUACCUCCUGACGUGAAGUAGAGAGAAAUAGUACCAGUCAUCCAACACCUAAGAGAAGUAGAACUUACAACACUAAAGGCCAACUCAGAGAGCCUCGGCCGACGCAGCCCGACCCGAUUUAUCGUCGGGGACAGUCAAGCCGUCGUGAGAAAUAUUAAACAUGUUUAAUAUUCUAGGACGCGACUGCCCCCGACGCACACCAUCGCGUCUGCGUUUAACUCACACAGACCCGACGCGACAACAAAUCGCGUCGGGUUGCGUCGUACGAUGCUGUCUGAGUUGGCCUUAAAAGAAAACCAUAUUGUAUUUGUUUCACUAUACCUCAUAAAAAUUAUUACCAUCAACGAAUGUAGAUAGGUCUUGGUCUUAUAUUUUAACAUCUUGAUUUUUCAUACCAGAUGGUCAUAUAUAUCGCUUCAAAAUAUCGAGGUCAAGAAUUACAAUAUUUGCAUACAGUUCUUGUUGUCAGGCAGGCAAUACAGUAGUCUAUUUUAGGUACUUUUUCCCUGUGUGUACAUAAAUAUGCAAGCAAGGGGAAGUAAACAACAUACUGUAUCGGGUACUAAGUGAAAAUGACCAAUGAAAUGCAUUUAUUUCCAGAUUAAUAUUUAUGAGGUAUAGUAAUACUGUAAUUGAUAUUUAGAUUUAUUUAAUUGCUUAUGUUCAUAUUGAUGUUGAAUUAAAGAUAUUUCAAGUUACUGUUUUAAA